AUGAAUCAGAGCGGGUUUGUUCGGGGCCGGUCCAUUUCAGAUAAUUACGUACUAGCUCAGGAGAUCAUUGCGGGCAUCAACCGGAAGAUGCGCGAGGGUAAUGUGGUUUUCAAACUUGACAUGACGAAAGCUUAUGAUAGGAUGAUAUGGCCAUUCUUGGUAAAAGUAUUACGAGCUUUUGGCUUUGGGGAACACUGGAUUGAUAUGGUCUGGCGGAUUAUUUUCAAUGUUUGCUUCUCCGUAAUUAUAAAUGGUUUGCUCUGCGGUUUCUUUAAGUCAACUCGAGGGCUUUGCCAGGGGGAUCCAUUGUCGCCUGCUUUGUUUAUCAUCGGGGCGGAGGUAUUAUCUCGCUUAGGUAGACCGAGGAGGACGAUGAUCCAGCAGGUAACACGCUUCAAUUUUAGGGCAUUUCCCAUCAAGUAUCUAAGGUAUCCUCUGUACUAUGGGAGGCGAAGAAAGGAGUACUUUGCUGGAUUAUGCCAGGCCGUGGUGAGUAAGGUUGAGUCCUGGAAGAACAGGUUCUUGUCUACUGGGGGUAGGAUUGUGCUGUUGAAGCAUGUCCUCGCCCUACCGGUCUAUCUCUUAAUGGCUGCAUCACCUCCGAAAUCAGUAUUCAAAGAGAUUGAAGGCAGGUUCUCAAAUUUUCUCUGGGGUGACUCCGAGUGGGGUCACAAAUUGCAUUGGAUUGGAUGGAAGGAACUAUGUGUGCCAGGUGAAGAGGGGGGCAUGGGAUUCCAACGACUGUAG